GGAAAACACCGGACACGGAUCAAGGACGACCGGCCAGCCGCCGACCCGAAGCCAAACUAACUAAUGGACCCAUCAGAAUCUAAUCCAUGGGAUGAGGAGCAUCGUCCUAGCGAGGUGAGCAGCAGUGAGCUCGGCAGAGCAAUUACAGAUCUGCCAACAUUUGAAGUGCUGUCAGUGAGUGACUCCAGACAUUUGACCCCUGAAACAGCCGAUGAGUACUCUGAUGAUGAUUAUGCUGAGGAUGAGGAGCAUCCCAGCAAGGUCAGCAGCGCUGAGCUUGGCAGGGCAGUUACAGAUGUGCAAACAUUUGAAAAAACUGAAGAGACCGAUGAUGAUGAUGCGUCUUCUCACCUUCGCAAGCCUGGAGAUCUCUAUACAAUCAGCCCGAAAGGUCUUACAAGAUCUAUGUUGUUGUCGCUCGGUGACUCACUUUUGACCACUGUAUCAGUGGUGGAGCUAUGUAGGACAGAUUCAGAUGUGGAGUACGUACAAUAUCACUAUUUGUUAAUCCUCACUAGUAUUUUGUUUGUUUGCUGAAAGUCUUAAAUGCACUAAAAAUAGCAGUUAGCCUUGUUAAUGCACUAGAAUUUUACCAGUACUCAUGGACCAAAUAACAUAAGGAACAUAUUAGCAUGU